GGCAUGUCUUAUCGAGGCCGAUUUCCUUAUGUGUUUCCGUCUUUCCUUUACGAUGUCCAGCUUAGUGUCGGGGCAUGGUACGAGCCGGGAACCUUAGGAGAGCUCAGCCUGCUAGCAUGAGGAUUAACCGACGUCUCAUCCCGACCCGCUCAUUGGUGUGUUGCAAUCAGAUGUGGCGCAUUUCCUGGCAGGGCCAAGUCUCACUGCAGUCAAUCGCUAACAUGUGGGUCGUGAUGUUGGCAUCGAGCCAUCAGGCUGACCCCGUGCAGCCUUCUUACCCAUCAUGUCCCUCACACUUCGUUACCGUCUCCCAUCAUUUCGAGCGAGUCUUUCCAGCGAAUGCGCAUUCUCGCUACCCAGGAUCUGAACGGCCCCCGUCGCAGAGCCAUGCACCAUGUCUGACCCUAAUGCCUACACGGUAGGCUGGAUAUGCGCAAUCUCAACUGAACACGUUGCAGCUCGGCAAUUUCUCGAUGAAGAACACGACCCACCUGAGUUUACAGCAGCCAAUGACUCCAACAGCUACACUCUGGGCACGAUAGGCAAACAUUUUGUCGUUAUCGCCGUGCUACCUGCCGGGGAAUACGGCAUUGUUUCCGCCGCAAGUGUUGCAAAGGAUAUGCUCCACAGCUUUCCCAACGUUAGGAUUGGUUUGAUGGUCGGGAUUGGAGGGGGAGCACCAAGCUCAAAACACGAUAUUCGCCUUGGUGAUGUUGUUGUGAGCACACCUCACAAUGGGAUGGGUGGCGUCUUCCAUUACGAUUUCGGCAAGACCGUCCAGGGCCAGAAGUUCGUGACAACUGGCUACCUCAAUCAGCCGCCCACUGUCGUCCGAACUGCAGUGGCUGACCUCCGCGCGCGAUUGAAGAAGUACGGGAGACCGGAUCAUGCCAGCGACCGAUUGUAUAAGCCCAAUGUGGUACAUCCCAAUGACACUGAGGAUGCUUGUGCAAAUGUCUGCAGUAGCGACUCUGCAGACCUGAUCUUGCGGCAGGAGCGGGACGAGGAUGAUGACGAUCCAGCUAUCCACUACGGUUUAAUUGCUUCAGCCAACCAACUGAUGAAGAAUGCCGAACUCCGAGACCAGCUGGCCAAAGACAAAGACGUACUCUGCUUUGAGAUGGAGGCGGCGGGGCUGAUGAACAACUUUCCGUGUCUUGUCAUUCGUGGAGUUUGCGACUACUCCGAUACCCAUAAGAACAAGGUCUGGCAGGGCUAUGCAGCUAUGGCAGCCGCGGUAUACGCAAGAGAUCUUCUUCGUCGGAUCCACCCUAACAAGAUCGAGGCCGAGAAGCGAUUGGGUAACCUUGUAUCUGAUCUCAGAGACACCGCAGAUGAACACAAACAAAUAUCCCAGCAACAACUGAAGGUCAUGCAAGAUGCAGACAAAAGAAGAGAGGCCGAAGAAAAGACUAAACAAGAGGCCGAGAAGGCUAAAGAGGAGGCUGAAAAACGAAGCGAAUGUCUACAUCUGUUCCGCCUGGCCGAGAGUGAUAGGGACGCGACGUACGAAUCAUACAAAACUAGGGUAGAAAAUCGCGUUGAGGGCACAUGUCAUUGGGUCCUUGAGCACGACAACUUCUGUACCUGGACUAAGCAAGACUCCGGACUUCUCUUGAUAUCUGCAGACCCCGGAUGUGGCAAAUCAGUACUUGCAAAGUUCCUCGUCAACAGUGUGUUACCGCAGACAUCAACAAUCUGUUACUUCUUCUUCAAAGAGCCAGACCAGACCACAGUCCGUCAAGCCCUCUGUGCUUUACUGCACCAGCUGUUCUGCCAGAAACCUACUUUGAUCGAACAUGCUAUGGAAAAUUUUGGCAAGAACGGAAAAAGCCUCAUCAACUCGCGAGAGUCGCUCUGGGAGAUCUUAGCGGAUGCUCUUAACGACCCUCAAGCCGGACCUGUCAUCAUCGUGAUAGACGCCCUUGAUGAAUGUGUUGGGCCAGAGUUGAACGAGUUAUUGUGCAACAUAGAAAGGCAAUCUCGUAGGACCAAAGCCAAGAGUGGUAAACUCAAGUUCCUUCUAACCACCCGUCCAUAUGAUCAGAUCCUUUCCAAAUUUCAAUCCUUGUUCGACAGUGCUUCGAGCAUUCGUAUCCCCGGAGAAGACGAGUCAGAGAGGAUCAGUCAUGAGGUCAACCUUGUCAUCAAACACAGGGUGGACGAACUAGCCAAGGAAAAAGCCUGGGAGGAACAGAUCAAGAAAGCCUUAUCGAAACAGCUACUUGCCAUUCCACAUCUCAAGAAAACCGAAAAAGGUGUACUUUCGGCUAUACAAGCACUUCCAAAGGAUGUCGAUGCUGCGUACAACAAAAUCUUGAGCAAGUCGAAGGAUUAA